AUGGUCACAUUGCUCCUCGAGAAGGGCGCAAAAGUGGACUUCGACCCUGAGUCUGAGAUCGAUAUUUUCAACGCAAACGACGCAAAUAAAGCGACGAAGAUCCUCAAUCUAUUGGUGCUUGCUGGCGCUGACGUCAAUGAGAAGGCCGACGAUGGUUGCGCGUUGAUGCACUGGCUUGCCGAGCGCAACGGUCUUCUGGGUUGCAUAAUUAAAGCUGGGGCGAGUAUUGAGUGCCUAAACAAUAAAGGUCAGAGCCCUCUACUUGUCGCGUGUGCCAGCAAUCAUAGUCAAGGGAGUCCACACUGCGGCUUCGACCAUGCUGCGCUAGAACUGCUCAAAGUGGGAGCGAAUGCCGCCAUCAUUGAUCAGUCUGGCAAGAACGCUCUCCACCUCCUCCUGGAGAAGACAAACUCCAGGACAGAAUCGGCAGAAGAGUCGAAGAGGGUCACGGAGGCGCUCCUUGCCGCUGGAUGUUCUCCCUCGGUGUCAGACAACGAAGGAUGGACGCCACUACACGCGGCUCUCAAGAACGGCAGAUUUGCCCAAGCUGCUGUGCUCGUCGAAGCGGGAGCAGACAUAUUGGCCUCGGAUCCAGGCAGAAACAGUGCCCUUCAUCACACCGCGCGUUUCGCGAGCCGACAUCCUUUCCGCCAAAGCCGCGAUUGGAGCUCUGAAGAUCCGGCGCCAUUCAUCACACGCUGGCUGCAGGCGGGCGUCGACAUCAAUGGCGCAAACAAGGCCGGUGCAACUCCCAUAUUUCUCGCCGUGGAAGGCGAGUUCGCCAACGAGACCUUGCAACUAUACCUCGCCGCCGGCGCGGACAUCACACACCGGGACAAUGAUGGCCAGGGGUUGCUGCACACCAUCGCCAAGGGAUCGAAGAGCCUGUGUCGGGACCUCCAGCAGGGGGUUUGUUACAACAGGUGCAUUUGUUCAGAGGAGGACUCUGGGGGAAUCUUCGAGGCCGCCAAGUUCAAGCUCCUGCUUGAAGCAGGGUUGGACCCCAGGCUUGAGGAUCACCUGCAGCGCACGCCGUUGGAUCUGGCCGCUGCGGGCGGGCUAACCAAGAUUUUAGAUUUGUUUGUGGAGUGA